AUGGCAGUAACUGCCGUCCACGAGAGCGGCCUGCGUCGGCCAUCGGACGAGAAGAGAGACAUUGAGCAAAUCGAAACUGUUGCAGCGACACCACCACAGACAUUCGUCACCCCAGAUACAACCACUAUAACACCAAAGACAUGGCUCGUCAUCUUCAUCCUGUCUUCGACUUUCGGUCUUUCUUUUUGGCCUGUACCUACCACCUCAGCGAUGAUGGCUCGACUUGCCACUCAAUUCGGUGCUCCGACAGCGAGCGCGUGGUUCAUACCCGCUUACACAACAGCCAACGCGAUUGGCUUCCUUCUUGCGGGCGCGAACUCCGAUCUGUUUGGAAGGAGGUGGUUCUUGUUGUUUGGUAAUGCAUGUUGUUGCGUCGGUUUCAUCGUGACCGCGACAGCGAAAGGAGCAGACCACUUCACAGCUGGACUGGCUAUAACCGGAUUCGGAGCUGGAUUUGCGCAGAUGGCCAUGUGUAGCAUUCCUGAACUUCUACCGAACAAGUUCCGGCACAUUGGUAUCUGUCUUUCGGAUGGCUUCGUCUUCCUCAUUGUCAUAAUUGGUCCUAUUGUUGGAAGAUACGCCAUCGACGUCAAUGCGUGGCAGUGGGUAUACUGGGCUGGUCUGAUUGCUCAAUCCAUAUCCUUUAUAUCUCUUUUCUUGCUCUACAAGCCACCGAAGCACCCCAAGGGCGUUCCAUGGUCCGAGGCAGUCCGCGGCCUCGAUUAUGUGGGCACUGCACUCAUUGUCCCAGGCAUCUGCCUUGCGCUUGUUGGCAUCAUCAACACCACAUACAAACCAAGCUCAGACGUAACCGUCAUUGCACCCAUGGUAGUCGGGUUCGUCCUGAUCGCUGCAUUUGGAGUCUGGGAGACGCUCUCGAACACUCGCUUCAAACUCUGCCCGCCACACCUAUUCCGGAGCCACAAAGGAAGGGAAUUUACGGCGCCUUUCAUCGUAGCGUUCAUCGUCACCAUGUUCUACUACUCGGUCAACAUCAUCUGGCCGACAAUGGUUAAUGUCUUCUACCUGGGCCCGAACGUGUCGCGGAGUACCGAGUUGCUGCUCACACUGCCGCCGAAUGUAGGCCUUGUUUUCGGAUCACUAUGCCUCAUGGCUUUCGGCAACGUGAUCGGACACUGGAAAUGGACGUUGAUCGGUACCUGGACUGGCAUGGUGCUUUUCGGUGCUUUGAUGGGCCUUGUCACCCCGUUCAACCAGAACUUGAUGAUCGCGUUCUGCUGCAUCAACGCUUCUUUCUUCGGAUGGGCACAGUACGAGUCCAUCGCAUUUACGCAGCUUGGCGUGCCACAACAAGACCUCGGUUUCUCAGGUGGCUUGGCGGGUAUGGCUCGUUACGCAGGAGGAUCGCUGGCUCAAGCCAUCUAUACCACUAUCCUCACCAACACCCAGACCACUCGCGCUGCUGCGACGGUUCCCGCUGCAGCUGUGAAGGCGGGCAUGUCGUUGGAGAACGCGCAAGCUUUACUUGCCGCUAUGCCCCUAGGCGCAGCCGCCAUCGCCGAAGUGCCAGGUACAAGUCCAGAGGCACUAGGCGCGGCUUCUUUGGCGUUCCAAUGGAGCUAUGCGCACGCGCUAAAGAUCGUGGCACUCAGUAGCCUGAGUUUUGGUAUCGUAGGAUUGCUCUGCAUCUUCUAUUGCGAGGAUUUGACACCGAAGAUGACGGACAAGGUGGAGGUCUUCCUCGAGAAUGACGUGUACGCGGACAAGAACGAGUUCCACUGA